AUGGCGGCUCCGCUCGGCUCCCGCUGAGUAGGCUGAAGCCGGCGGAGGGUCUGAGCUCUCGGCCUGGAGCAUCGCUCCCGUCUCCCGCUACCUGCCUUCGCACGCCGACUUCCCUUCCUCUGCCCUACCCUCGCCUGUCCUCGUCUGCGCUGCGCAGAGUCCGGGUCGUCUUGUCUUUCCCGGCCCGGCUCCACUAGCCCUGACUGCCCGGCCGGCGGGCCGGCCUUCCUCGGCUCUCCCCGGCGCGUCGGGCGCCGCGGGCGCGGCGUGGACCCCGUCCUCCUGGCUGGACCAUGGUGAACACCCGGAAGAGCUCUCUGCGCCUUCUCGGAUCUAAGUCGCCUGGGCCCGGGCCUGGGCCUGGGGCCGGAGUAGAGCCUGGGGCGACCGGAGGCAGCAGCCAUUUCAUCUCCUCUCGGACCCGCUCCUCCAAGACCCGCGCUGCCAGCUGCCCCGCCGCCAAGGCCGGGGGAAGCGGCAGCGCCGGCGUCGCUCUGGAUGAGGCCCGGAAAGCUGAAGUUGAUGGUAGUUUAAGUGAUAGCCAUGUGUCUCCUCCAGCCAAACGCACUUUGAAACAACCUGAUUCUGUUUGCAAAGACAAAUCAAAAUCACGAAGUACUGGUCAGCGAGAGGAAUGGAACAUAUCAACUGGACAGGCCAGGUUAACUUCUCAGCCUGGUGCUACAUUACCAAACGGACAUAGUAGCUUAUCCCUUCGAAGCCAUCCCCUUCGAGGCGAAAAGAAGGGAGAUGGGGACCUUUCUUGUAUAAAUGGUGACAUGGAAGUCAGAAAAAGUUGUCGUUCCAGGAAAAACAGAUUUGAAAGCGUGAACCAGAGUUUGUUAUUUGAUCAACUAGUAAAUAGUACUGCUGAAGCUGUACUACAGGAAAUGGAUAACAUAAACAUUAGAAGGAAUCGUCGAUCAGGAGAAGUAGAACGGCUUCGAAUGUGGACAGAUACAGAAUUUGAAAACAUGGAUAUGUAUUCAAGAGUGAAAAGGCGAAGAAAGUCACUGAGAAGAAAUAGUUAUGGGAUACAAAAUCAUCAUGAAGUCUCUACUGAGGGUGAAGAAGAAGAAUCUCAAGAGGAAGAUGGAGAUAUUGAGGUUGAAGAGGCAGAAGGAGAAGAAAAUGAUAGGCCAUAUAAUUUGAGACAAAGAAAAACAGUGGAUCGAUACCAAGCACCUCCAAUAGUACCCGCUCAUCAAAAAAAGAGGGAAAAUACGCUCUUUGAUAUUCACAGAUCUCCAGCAAGAAGGAGUCAUAUCAGGAGAAAGAAGCAUGCCAUUCAUAGUAGUGACACAACUUCUUCUGAUGAAGAACGCUUUGAAAGAAGGAAAUCAAAGAGCAUGGCAAGAGCAAGAAAUAGAUGUUUGCCUAUGAACUUAAGAGCAGAAGAUUUAGCUAGUGGUAUUCUCCGAGAACGUGUCAAAGUGGGUGCAAGCUUGGCUGAUGUUGACCCAAUGAACAUUGAUAAAUCAGUGCGGUUUGAUAGCAUAGGCGGAUUGAGCCAUCAUAUUCAUGCACUAAAGGAAAUGGUAGUAUUCCCACUUUUAUAUCCAGAAAUUUUUGAAAAAUUUAAAAUUCAGCCUCCAAGGGGCUGUUUGUUUUAUGGCCCUCCUGGCACAGGUAAAACCUUGGUUGCCAGAGCGUUAGCUAAUGAGUGCAGUCAAGGAGACAAAAAGGUGGCUUUUUUUAUGCGAAAAGGAGCAGACUGUCUAAGUAAGUGGGUUGGAGAAUCUGAGCGGCAACUUAGGCUUCUUUUCGAUCAGGCAUAUUUGAUGAGACCUUCUAUAAUAUUUUUUGAUGAAAUAGAUGGAUUAGCUCCAGUUCGCUCUAGCAGGCAAGAUCAGAUCCACAGCUCUAUAGUGUCAACCCUCCUUGCUCUUAUGGAUGGAUUAGACAAUAGGGGCGAAAUUGUUGUUAUUGGUGCUACAAAUAGACUUGAUUCUAUAGAUCCUGCUCUCAGGAGACCUGGUCGUUUUGACAGAGAAUUUCUUUUCAACCUUCCUGAUCAAAAGGCAAGAAAACACAUUUUACAGAUCCAUACCAGGGACUGGAAUCCAAAAUUGUCAGAUGCUUUUUUAGGUGAAUUGGCUGAAAAAUGUGUUGGCUAUUGCGGAGCUGAUAUCAAGGCCCUGUGCACUGAAGCUGCCCUGAUUGCCCUGCGGAGGCGUUACCCCCAGAUCUAUGCUAGCAGUCAUAAACUGCAGCUAGAUGUUUCCUCAAUAGUGCUCAAUGCCCAAGAUUUUUACCACGCAAUGCAGAAUAUUGUGCCUGCUUCCCAGCGUGCUGUCAUGUCUUCGGGACAUGCACUAUCCCCCAUAAUAAGACCACUGCUGGAAAGAAGCUUCAACAACAUCCUAGCAGUCUUGCAAAAAGUGUUUCCUCAUGCUGAAAUUAGCCAGAGUGACAAGAAAGAAGAUAUAGAAACUCUGAUUUUAGAUGAUAGUGAAGAUGAGAAUGCUUUGUCAAUUUUCGAGACCAGUUGUCACUCAGGAUCACCAAAGAAACAGUCAUCAGCUGCUGCUGUACAUAAACCUUACCUUCAUUUUACAAUGUCACCAUAUCAUCAGCCAACCUCUUACAGGCCAAGACUAUUGCUGUCUGGAGAACGAGGCUCAGGUCAAACUUCUCACCUUGCUCCAGCACUUUUGCACACUCUAGAAAAAUUCUCUGUGCACAGACUAGAUCUCCCAGCACUUUAUUCAGUUAGUGCCAAAACACCUGAAGAAUCAUGUGCACAGAUUUUUCGUGAAGCUCGAAGAACAGUACCUAGUAUUGUUUACAUGCCUCACAUUGGUGAUUGGUGGGAAGCUGUCAGUGAAACUGUGAGAGCAACUUUUCUGACUUUGCUACAAGAUAUACCGUCAUUUUCACCCAUAUUUUUAUUGUCUACCUCUGAAACCAUGUACAGUGAACUUCCUGAAGAGGUUAAAUGUAUCUUUAGAAUACAGUACGAAGAGGUCUUGUAUAUUCAAAGGCCUAUUGAAGAGGACAGAAGAAAGUUUUUCCAAGAACUGAUUCUCAAUCAGGCCUCAAUGGCUCCACCACGAAGGAAACACACUGGUCUUUGUGCUAUGGAAGUUCUUCCACUUGCACUACCUUCUCCACCUCGUCAAUUAUCAGAAACAGAAAAAAUUCGGAUGGAGGACCAGGAGGAAAAUACUUUAAGAGAGUUGCGGUUGUUUCUCAGGGAUGUAACCAAGAGGCUGGCCACAGAUAAACGCUUUAACAUCUUCAGCAAACCGGUGGAUAUUGAAGAGGUUUCAGAUUAUCUUGAAGUAAUCAAGGAACCAAUGGAUUUAUCAACAGUAAUCACUAAAAUUGAUAAGCAUAAUUACCUGACUGCUAAGGAUUUCCUGAAAGAUAUUGACCUCAUCUGUAGCAAUGCUUUAGAGUACAAUCCAGAUAAGGACCCAGGAGAUAAAAUAAUUAGGCACAGGGCUUGUACCCUGAAGGACACUGCACAUGCCAUCAUUGCAGCUGAAUUGGAUCCAGAAUUUAAUAAACUCUGUGAAGAAAUUAAGGAAGCAAGAAUAAAAAGAGGCUUAUCGGUAACAGCAGAACAAAUAAAUCCUCAUGGUACUGGAGCUCGAAAGACGGAAACUAGAGUUGAAGAGGCAUUUCGGCACAAACAAAGAAAUCCAAUGGAUAUCUGGCACAGCUCUGCAAAUAAAUGUGCAUUUCGAGUUCGGAGAAAAUCAAGGCGGCGAUCACAGUGGGGUAAAGGAAUUAUUAAGAAAAGGAAAGUCAAUAAUUUAAAAAAAGAUGAAGAGGACACCAAAUUUGCUGACUAUGAGAAUCAUAUGGAGGACAGGAAAUUGCUAGAAAAUGGAGAGUUUGAGGUAAGCACUGACUGCCAUGAAGAAAAUGGAGAAGAGACUGGAGACUUCUCUAUGACCAAUGAUGAAUCAUCGUGUGACAUCAUGGACAUGGACCAGGGGCAGAGGCUUAACAACGGAGCGGGCACAAAAGAGAACUUUGCAUCUACUGAAGAGGAAAGUUCAAAUGAGUCUCUACUCGUCAACAGCAGCAGUUCUCUAAAUCCAGAACAGACAUCUAGGAAAGAGUCUUUCCUUAAAGGAAGCUGUCUAAACGGUGAGGCCUCCACUGACAGUUUUGAAGGAAUACCGCUUCUGGAGUGUCAGAAUGGCAAAGCUGAAGUAGUUUCUUUCUGUGGUAGUGGAGACAAAUGUAGUUCUGAACAAAAGAAUCUUCUGGAGGAGCAGUCAAAAGAAAAACCAGAAACUUCAAAUGAAAAUCAUGGAGAUGAUCCUGAGAAACUAGAGGCAGUGGAAUGUAGCAAUAAUGAGAAGUUUGAACCUGGCCCUGAUGUGGAGGUUAAAGAUGCAGAACUGGAUAAAGAAGGUGCUUCUAAAGUAAAGAAAUAUCGUAAGUUAAUUUUAGAGCAGGCAAAAACAACAAGCCUGGAACUGGUUCCAGAAGAGCCAUCUGAGCCUGUGCCACCUCUUAUAGUUGAUCAUGAGAGAUUGAAGAAAUUGCUUGAUUUGUUGGUAGAUAAAAGCAACAAUCUGGCAGUUGAUCAACUUGAGAGAUUAUAUUCUCUUCUUAGUCAGUGCAUCUACCGUCACCGUAAAGAUUAUGACAAAUCACAACUUGUAGAGGUGAGUGCUUAUUAGUUCAUCUGUGGAAUAAACAAAUAUGUGCUUUUACUUGUCCCAAAGAAAAGAGGAAAAAAAAGUUAUUUUAGUCUAAAUCUUUCACCAAGUAACUGAAGAGUGGUUUGAAGAUUUAAGAUUAGAAGAAUCAUUAAGAGUUACAAAAAUAUACUCUUGGUACCAUUUUGUCUCAGGACAGAAGUAAUCUGGGAUUCUUUGUUCAUCAAAACACAGAGGUUCAUGGUUGGCAAAUACACAGAUUAGCAUGUCACAGUUCUCCCCUCCCUUACUUAUCACUGACUUGACCAAUUAAGCAUAUCACUUUGGCCUAUUGAAUGUGAGCAUGGCCUCACAGUCCAUGUUACCACUGCUCCCUAGGCAGCCACUACUGGUUAAAAGGAGUUGGCAUGGGCCAUGAGACUUACUGGCCACCCUAUUAAUGAUUGGAAGAGAACUUAAGAGUCAUCUCAUUUAAUCAGAUCUAGUCCUGUGAAAUAACCACAUGAAGGAGUGGUUGUCCUUGUGCUUAGACACUUUAGAGGUGAACCAUUCGCUUUCUGGACAACUCUGGGCCAUAAGAAAGUUUUUUAUAAAUACGAGCUUAUAUCUCUUAUUCAUAUAAUUUACAUGAUUAAAUCACACUUCUUUUUGAGGUCAUCUGAGCAAAUAAAAUGAAUAAGACAAAAGUCUGCUCUCAAGAAGUAUUUCUAGUAUGUUAAAGAUUUAUGUGUAGAGGAUGUGAUUAUUUUGCAUGUGUAAUAAAGCAUAUAAGCAUACCUUGUUUUAUUGCACUGUGAAGGUAUUGCGUUCUUUGCAAAUUGAAGGUUUGUGGCAACACCACCAUUUUCCAGCAGCAUUUGCUCACUUCGUGCUUCUGUGUUAACAUUUUGGUAAUUCUUGCAGUAUUUCAAACAUUUUCAUUGUUG